AUGCUUUCCUGGAUUACGGGCUCUAAGGACCUUGAAGAGGCCGAGGAUGCCUUUCCCGAGGCGCCAGAGACACCGGCCCAUGUGUUUGCAGCACGCGCAUUCAAGCAUGCCAUCUUCGGCACCCCUGCUCCACCCAACGAGGCAAACUACGUACAAGAAAUCGUAACUAGACAGUCUGUCGAAAUCGAUUCCAAGCCUCGCACUAUGACUCUCGAAAUGCCUACACGAUCGAGAGACGAUACGGAUGCAAUUACCCUCCCCUCGGCACCUGGACUGUCGCCCACAAAACCUAAUGGCAUCCUCAUGACUCCUGGGACUACCAGACGAAGCAAGACUGUGUCUUUUGGAACUCAGGUCGUGGACAAUGAGUCGAAGAAACAGGACAGGACUGGCCUGCCUAGCGCUUUCUCUGGCGAUGGCCUCACACAGUCAGGUUCAACUUCGAACAGAGCGCGCACUAAGCUCACUGCCCAACUCCAAGAGGUUCGCGACUCGGCGCAAAAGAGCAAGACGCACCAGAUCCAGAAGGCAAAAGACGACACCGACCUGNNACCAUGGACUAUAUGGAGCCCCGGUCACAAUCAGGAAAAUACUGGAAGAGAGAACUCAAAGUCGAGAAGCUUGAGGCCAAGACCAAANGAGUUUGCUGCACAGAUGAAGGCGUUUGAGAAGAAGAUGACGGGCCAGACAAGCCAAGACACGCAGAAGGACAUCGCAAACUUCAAGGCUGAGAACGAACAUCUUCGCCACGAUCUUGACCAAGUGCUGGGAAAGAAGAGCGGUAUUGCCAACAGUCCAAAACGCAAAACGCCAAAGACACUUCCAGCAGGUGAUCUUUGGGCCAAUGUCGCCAUGUCGAGUCCUUUCGUGGACGACGCCGCAGACAAAGAUCACUCACCUCUGCGCGCACGAGACAUGAACAUCCAAGGUCAAACACCCAAGGACGGAAAGCCCAAGGUGGUCAGGAGUGUUCAUAUGAAGCGUCUUAGCGAAGACACUAUGGACGUGUCACUACCUCUUCCAUCUCCCGAGCCCUUGCCUCGUGCUACGCCUCGCAGUAACAGGAAGUCGACAGCAGAUAUGACGAUAGAUGAACUGGUUGAGAAGUACUCGCCAGAGAAACCACAGUUCGAUCGUCUUGCUCUGCCUUUGGGUGUUGGUGCGCUGAAUUUUGGUUCGGGCAAGCCUGAGAUGAAACCCACAGCCAGCCCAUCCAAGACUGGAGCUAGAAUCGCCAGUCUGAGUAAUGACAGGUUAGCCAAAGCACAAGCACGCAUCGAGGCUAGAAGACUGUCCAAGUUGGCUACAGCAUAUACACAUCACACAAUGGACCCCUUAGGCAGCGGCAACAUCGACAUUUCCAAAAUGUCCGACGCCGAANNAAAGCAAGACCUGCAACAAUUCGUCGUCAACGAGUCGCAAAAGGCGCGCAUCCAACAAUACACCUGUUUCCGCAAGUGCAUCACCGGCAAGAUUUCGUCGGGUAAGCUGGACAGAAGCGAGGAGCCUUGCAUGCAAAACUGCGUGGACCGCUUCAUGGAUGCAAACCUCGUCGUCAUCAAGAACUUGGAGCAGAUGAGAACGCACAUGUAA